CUCUCUCACUCGCUCUCUCUCUUCCUAUAUAUUUUCUACUUUCCGGCCGGUGUUAUAAUUUCCUUUCACGAGGCCUCUUUUCUCUCUCCCUUAGCCUGAAUAAUUUCAGAAAAACAGAAGAAAAAAAGGGGCAUCGAAGAUUAUUAACAAUUUGAAUCUCAUGAAACUUUGAUAGCGGUUCCUAAGAACUGCCAAAUUAUUCAAUCCCUCAUCGGAAAAAAAAAAACAAAAACAAAAAAUUAAGCAGCAAAAAUGGUGUCGGCAAACAAGGAGAUGGCUGUGUUCUGCUUCGACACCCUCGUUGCUCACUACAACAGCGAGGAUGCUCCUCCACCUGCCUUCGAUGAGGGUCAACACCCAUUGUUUGUUACCUGGAAGAAAGUGGUGAAUGGUGGGGAGCCUCGGCUUCGAGGUUGUAUUGGAACUCUGGAAGCACGCUACUUGAUUAAUGGCUUCAGAGAUUAUGCACUGACCAGCGCUCUCAAGGAUCGCAGAUUUCCACCCAUACAGGCUAAGGAAUUGCCUUAUUUGGAGUGUACAGUCUCUAUUCUUACUGAUUAUGAAGCUGCUGACCAUUACCUUGAUUGGGAGGUAGGAAAGCAUGGUUUAAUUAUUGAGUUUGUUGAUCCUGACCAUAAUACAAGGCGAAGUGCCACUUACUUGCCUGAAGUAGCUGCCCACGAAGGUUGGACAAAAACAGAGGCCAUUGACUCUUUGAUCCGCAAAGCAGGCUACAAUGGCCAAAUUACUGAGUCGCUCAGGAAGCGUUUACAACUGACUCGUUACCAAAGCACUUUAUUUACCAUGAGCUACGGUGAAUAUGUCUCCUAUGUGAAGGAGACAAGAGGUGAGGCUCCUUUUAUUCUUGGGCCUAAGCCACGUCACUGAUGGUUCUCACAGACAAUCUUUGCUGAAGGUGCAUUGCUUGUCUGGUGAAAAGAGGGAAUUCCUAUGGAUGAUUCUGAUUCAAUUGUCUGUUGGGUUGGACCUGAUUUGUUUCUCUAGCCCAAGAUACUGUUGUAAUUGUUGCAACUCGUCAUUCUUCAAAUUCAUUGGAUUUUGAAGAAACUUGUUUAGCAUUGAACUCAGUUUCUGUGACUGUCUGCUUUCACCUAAUUUAGCAGCGCAAGAACGCUGCAGAACUCCUCAACUGUUUCAUAUGUGAAACUCAUCAAUGACUGAAAUUUCAACUCUUUUCUGUCAAGUAAAAAUGUCUGAACGGUGCAGGCAAAAGAGAGAGGGCUGUAUGAUGUGGUUUGUAGGGUUUGAAAGCUCAAUAGAUGUGAGCAUUGCUGGAUUA